AUGGUACAGCUCUCCCACACCGCGGCCUCACGCAGGGCCGUCCGUGCCUACGGUGCUAUCACGGAAGACGAUCCAAAUUCGGCAUCUAUCGACCAUGCCAGGCUCGCAAGAAUCGCCAGACAUUAUCGCUCGUGUGAGCCACAUUACGCCCUAGACGUUCUUCUUCGCGGAACAGAGAUAUGUUUCCCCGAAAAGCCCUCGAAGUCGGAUCCUUCUGCUGCGUACCUGGCGCUUAUGGAAAAACUGCGACAUGAGCAGGCGGAAAAGGCGUAUGCUUCAAUGCUUAACAUCCCUGAGAAAGACGACUCGCCCCAUUCGAUUGCAAAAGAAAUCUCAGAUCAGAUAUCAGUAAUCCUCAAUGUAUUAUUUAGUUCCAUUUUCACCGGACUAGCUAUAUGGUAUGCGACAGCCAACCUUAGCAUGUAUAAGCGUAGAGAGCCCCUUCGCGUGGGAGCCUCGAUUACUGUUGCUAUUAUUGUCGCAGUGGCUGAAGUCGCCCUGUUUAAUGGCUACCUGCGCAAGAUGGACGAUGCCAAAACCAAGGCACGGCUACAACGGGAGGUAAAAAGUAUCACACCUCUUAAAAACGAACCUGAUACCUGA